CCAGGCAGAAAAUGCAAUGCCACCAAAAUACAAGUCCAAAUGCUUUGGGGCAAUUACCAGCAUUCACUUACAGGACCGGAAAGUAAUGUGAGAAGAGAAAGUCAUAACGGGCAGUGUCAAUGACUUUUGCCAAUAUAUCUCGUCUUUCCCCCUUCAAUCGCCUAGUUGCUAACCAAGAUGCUCUCGUGCGCCGUUAUGGCUGCGUUGGAUGCUCAGCGCAAACCAACAACACCAAAACAUGCAUCGCGAUGGACGUCUCCACCCUCAACAGGUGUUCAACUCCAGCUGGAGACAUACGUUCAAUUCGUUUUUCCUAUCAUCACUGGGAAGUACAAAAACCAAAAAGAUCAUGUCUCAAUCGCCCAGCAUUUAUUUAUUUCCUCAACUCAUUACCACCAAGCAAAAAAACCGAAAAAGUGCAAAAAAAAUAGGAGUCGACAUCUCCAUCUCAACGCUCUAUCCCAAACCCCCAGCGAUCGUAAUCCAGCGCGCCACCUGACGGUGAAGAUGCCUCUGCAGAGUGGAACCUCCCUCAAGUGUCAUCUUCAUUGCUUAGGGCCACGCGCAGCAAGUCGCAGGCUACCCGUGCGAGUGGGUGACCACCGCAAGGUUCGUGCUGGGCGCCGCUGGGCUUCCAGAUUUGGACAUGGAAUAGAGACAUUGAGAAAAUCAAGUGCCUUCAAACCCACCUUGACCAUUACAGUCGAAAGUGUGGUCGUUCGAUCUAAUACAUAUACCCCAAACCAAGGGUCUGGGGGCAGUGGGCGGCACCUUGUGGGUGCUACAGUGGGCUGAUGGUCUGUGCUCGGUGCCAAGAGGGAGAUGAUAAGAUAAGGAUUUGGAGAUGAUGGAGUGGAGUGGUCGCGACUGUCGCGCUUGGUCUCGAGAACUGGCAUGGAGUUUAACGAACCAAACUCCAAGUCGCCAACGAUAGUAGAAGUCAAGGACGCAAAAGUCUGUUGACCUAAAACCGGUCCAGGUAGAUUGCAUACACACAAGAUGCACA